AUGCUGGCAGCUGUGGCGUGGACUGAAGCAGGCAAGCAGGAGGGAACGGACUGCGGCAGGAUCUGUCGAGGAAAAAUCUUGCGGACAGCGAUCCCUCGCCUUUUAAGCACAGCCACGCGCGCCCCCCGCAGGGGCGGGCCUUCGGGAACUGAGGGAGCCCACUGGCUCCCGCGGCUGCGCUCUCACUCACUCUCUCCUUCCCUAGCUGCAGCUAACUCGGGUCGGGAAAAUGCGACAGCGACUGCCCACUCGAGGUCGUCAUGGCGACAGCCAGUGAACGUGUUCCUCUCCUCGGGCAGGCCCCCGAGUGUAGAGGAACUGCUUCGCGAGGCGCAGCUCAAUCUCCAGAGCCUGUUGCAAGAAGAAUAUGAGGAACAGUACUCAGAGGCCAGACUUCUGGGGCAGACCUUCCGCUCUUCUGAUGAGGCUCCUAAGCCUACUCCCAGCCCAAGGCCCCAGUCUGCCAAGCGCCUGGAGUUUGUAUUGAUGCCUGCAAAACGGCAGCUGAGCAAGGAUGAGACCACGACCCAGGGUGUGAGGGCCCCCGAGGCCUGCCUGAGCCUGUCUACCGUCGACAAGCAAACUGCAUGGAAUGGCCCCUUCCCUCUACCCAUCCUACAGGAGAAGCGCUGGCUUCAGCCCUGCUCCACGCAAUCUGACCUUGUGCCCAUCAACAUCUCUGGGCAGCAGUUUGAUAGACAUGCAAGUUUUCGACACUCGUUGUUUAACACAGAGACAGCCGUGAACCCCAAGUCCACCCUGAGGCGGAGGCGGACCAUUAUUGGAUUCUCUAACUUUUCUCAGCGAGACCCAGGUCACAGCAACAGCCCAGCAGGCAGCCUGGCCUGCUCUGCCACCUCAGACAUCAGGCCUGGCCACUCGGUUCCACAGGUGGUUCAGGGAAGAGUUGCUAUUGGGCAAGAAGCUCGGUUCCCAAGUCUCACCUCGCCAGGACUGAGACACUCUUCUAGUGAUCCUGCAGACCCUCACCAGGCACGCAGUGGCCCAGACCCUCCUGGCAUGGAGAGCAUGGCAAUGGUGUACAGUGUCCCCAGUUCUUGCAAUGGACCAACAGAGUCAACAUUCUCUGCUUCCUGGAAGGGAGAUGCUUUCACGUACAUGACCCCAAGUGCCAGCAGCCAGGGCAAUCAAGCCAGUGAAAAUGGAAAGAACCCUUCCUCUGGGAAUUCUUGGGUCUCUCUGAACACACUCCCUCCUCUGGUCCCUAAGGAGGCGGCUACCCUCUUUGUCACUCGGGAUAACCCAGCAGGAUGCACUGGGCUACCCAGCUACUCUGAGCACCCCACUCAACGAAGACAAAUACCAGAAAGACCUCCCAAGAUUGGCCUUCUGGCCCGUGGUACCUCAAGACUGGAAACAGGCCCGGGCGGAACCAACAGAUUCCGGGAGCGGUCACUGUCUGUGCCCACAGACUCGGGUGUCACCUCAGUGGACUAUGAUGAAGAACAGAAGGCUAGGGAGGCCUGCAUCCUGCCUUAUACCAGUACAAGCUCUGAAGGCAGUAACAGUACUGACAACAUUGCAGCCCUCAGCACUGAGCAGGAGGCGCGGUACAGAAGGCAAAGAUCCAAAAGUAUUUCACUCAAGAAGGCCAAGAAGAAGCCCUCUCCACCCAUGCGAAGUGUCUCACUAGUCAAAGAUGAGCCAGUGCUGCCAUCAGAAGGUGAAUUGGCACUGCCCAAGGACCAGAGGCCCAGGAGCCUUUGCCUCUCCUUGGAACACCAAGGGCACCAUUCAUCUCACCCAGAUGCUCAAGGUCACCCAGCUGUGCCAACUCUCAAAGAUCCAGAAGGCACACAGUUCUCUCACCACUGGUAUCUUAGUGACUGGAAGUCUGGUGACACCUACCAAUCUCUGUCUAGCUCCAGCACUGCCACCGGCACCACAGUCAUUGAGUGCACUCAAGUUCAGGGAAGCUCAGAGUCUCUGGCCUCCCCUUCCACCUCCAGAGCGACAACACCCUCCCAGCUCUCUAUUGAGGUGGAAGCCAGGGAAGUAACCUCCCCUGGAAGGCCCACUGGACUGAUGUCCCCUUCCAGUGGCUACUCCAGCCAGUCAGAGACACCCACACCCACUGUCUCCAUGUCCUUGACUCUGGGCCACUUACCCCCUCCAAGCACCAGUGUCAGAGUGCGUCCAGUGGUACCAGAAAGGAAGUCAUCACUGCCCCCAACAUCACCGAUGGAGAAAAUCUGCAAGUCACGGUUAUCAUUUGACCUACCACUAACCUCUUCAACCACCCUGGAUCUGUCGGGGAUGAGUAUCUCCAUCCGCAGCAAAACCAAGGUUAGCCGCCAUCACUCUGAUACCAAUUUUGGAGCCAAACUGGCACAGAAAACUAGUCCAAACCAGCCAAUCAUGCCCAUGGUUACUCAGUCUGACCUCCGUUCUGUUCGCCUAAGGUCAGUUAGCAAGUCUGAGCCAGAAGAUGACAUUGAGAGCCCAGAUUACACCGAGGAACCUGGAACAGAAGAAGUCUUCACCUUGCCAGAGAGAAAAGUGAAGCCUCCCAUCGCUGAGAAACCUCCACUGGCCCGAAGGCCUCCAAGUUUAGUUCACAGGCCGCCCUCUCUCACUGGGGAGUAUCCACUAACUUCUCCUACUAUGGCUAUGACACCCAGGAGCUCCAUUCCACACAUGAAGCAGCUCCCCCAAGACAGCUACACGGUGUUGCGGAAACCAAAGUCACCCAGCUUCCCCAGUGGCAGGAGCCCUGGGGAGUCAACAACACCCUCCACCCUUGUCUUCACACCUCCUGCCAGUUCCUCUGGUGCUUUCUUCUCAGGAACACAGCAACCUCCCCAGGCCAGUGUAGAAGACGGGGGCCCCAAGGUGAGAGCCCUGCCUGAAAGAAUCAGCCUCCAGAGCCAGGAAGAAGCCGAGAAAAAGACGAGCAAGAUUCCACCUCCAGUACCAAAAAAGCCCAGUGUGCUCUACCUGCCUCUCGCCUCCCCUGUAGCUCAAAUGGAUGCCUGUGCGGCAGAACCACGGCUGCCUUUCAGCCCCAUCAUCACCCUGGAGGAAGAUUCCAAGUGUCCCUCCACUGGUGAUGACUUGAAGUCACCUGGUAAAAGGGUGACUUCGGCUCUUCAUGUUGACAGUGAAAAGGAGGCCAUCUCUCCAGGGAGGUCUGUAGAAGCAAGCACCGAAGAGAAAAGUUUAAUCAGUGAUAAAACAGCUGAAUGGAUCUCAGAGGAGGAUGAUGACGUGUUUGUAGCUUCUCGCACAACAGAAGAUUUAUUUACUGUGAUACACAGGUCCAAAAGAAAGCUACUGGGCUGGAAAGAGCCUGGGGAGGGCUUCACAGGCAGCAGACCCACCUCCCAUUCACCAGUGAAGAAUACAGCUGAUUCUCCCACCAGUGAGUCUGCUGCUGCCACGGGGCCAAGUGGCGGUGCCUGCCUAGAUGCUGGCAGAAAUGAUGAUUUCAAGGCCUUGCUCCAGAAGAAGGGAAGUAAGGCAACUCCUAGGACCCGCCCAUCAGCGGCCGAACUGCUGAAGACCACUAACCCCCUGGCUCGAAGAAUCAUUGCACAGUUCUCAAAAGACUAUGAAACCACUGACAACCCCAGUACCUAAGCCCUGCUUCUUACUUGCUAGACCUAAGUAGAGAAGGGGGAAGAUAGAGGGCUUUAGAAAGGAACCAACCACAGGAAUAACAAAAGAAUCCACAUGUUUUUGACGUUAACUCACACUCUGGACAGCAGAGAGGCCAACACAACACAACUGAGCUCACCAGGCACUCUGAUAGGCUUCAGACUAUCUGCGUUUCCAUGUUUCCAUGCUUGCCAUGACUGAACAUUGGGGUCCUUCUUAUCAUCUCCCAGCGCUGUGCAUUAAGAAGGGACCCUCAGAUUUGAGAGCCUGUAUGCCACCUUUUCAAUGUCCUAGCUGUUUUGUCCACUGGCUCCUGUCACUGAGAGGCACGGUGGGAGAACAGAUUGAGGACUUCUAAGGACAGAGGGUGCCAAUUCCAUUGCUGAUUAUCUGCUCUCCUGGGCUGGCCUUGAUGGCCCUAUGUGAAGACACAGACGGACACUGAGGCCUCCUCAACCACAGUGACUUUCCUCCAGAGAGAGUUCUGCAGGAGACAUGCACUAAUCUCAGCGUGGGGUUGAUUGGAUGGCUUUUGUGGUGCAAAAUAUGAACGUGACUCCUCCAAAACUCCAUGCCUUUUUCAGUUUGAUUGUCUAUGCGGAGAUCAGGGUGAUGAGUUUUAAUAAACUUCUAGAACCCCCCCAUUAGUUAGAAAAGAUGGGACUGGGUGGCUUUGGCUGAACCACGCUCAGUAAACAAAUGGGACAUUUGUUCACUCACAUCUAGUCAAGGUAACUUGCAUGUGCGCCUUGAUGUCUUUUGAAUGUCUGUCAACAUGGGUAGCCAGGAUCUGUGCCCAACUCACGCUGCGUACUCCAAGAAUUCUCAUUUCCCUGGCAUGUAACAUUCAUUACAGGAAGUAAUUAGGUGACGGACUGGCAUCUUCAGAGGCUCCAGGAGUAGAAAGUAAGUGUACCUUGCUCCACACCAUUCGAUUCAGAGUGUGCUUUUGUGCUUGUUUGGGUUUUGUUUAAAGGAAAUCUGACUCUGUAGACUGAAAAAGAUCUACACGAAAUCAAAAAGACAGCCUGCUAUGGCCCUUAAUGCAAGAGGGCUACUUUUUGCCAUUUAGGUACAGCAGUUGGACCAACUUUCAGCUAGCCAUGGGGAUAGGAGGAGGGAGAAGAGCGGCUAGGAUAAAGAGAAAACUGAAAGAGUUCCAAACAAUCACAGUUACCCCUUCCCUUCCAAAGCCAACAGGCACUGGCUAUUCUUGUCAACCCAAUGUUGUAAGCAGAGAAAGAAUGCCUGAUUUCCAUACACCUGGUUUCUGAGGGGCUGGGGACAAGAUAAGCAAAGCAAUGAACACAGAACCUGCUGGCCAGUGUCGGAAAGUUCAUUGACUUCUGGUCCCAAAGGGCCAAUAGGAAAUGAACCUGCAGAAUGCUUUACAGAGAAAAAAAGGUUCCAGAGACAAGCAGAUCUCCAAUUUGAUAGGUCCAAUGAGAAGCAAACCGUUAGCUCAGCUGCCCACACUCCAGGAGAGCAAAAUGGCUGAAAACUCCACUGGGUACUGAGACGACUCACGUCUGUGGCAUAGAAGCCCUAAGCUGAGAUCCUUGCUUGGGUUGGUCUAGCUCUGAAUUCUAGACAAAUGGGAAGAUAUCAAGCUCACCAACAUUCUUGCAACUAGCUCUUCUCUCUCAGAUUUAGAAAGAAGCCACUUGAAUAAUAGACAGUUUGGGGAAAUCUAGUUACUUUGAAAGUAUUUAAAUCAUUUCACAUGAAAAUCUUAACCAAAUUUCAUGAAUUUUGCCUGAAUUUAAACAAGAGUUUUAAUCACUACACCCGGGAGCUGGAGGCAGGCAGAUUUCUAUGAGUUUGAGGUCAGCCUGAUCUACGUAGCUAGUUCAGGCUGCCUAGGAUACAUAGUGAGACCCUGACUUCAGUCUUGACUGUGGUUUAUACAUAAGUAUCACACCUGACCUAACUCAGAAUUCCAAAAGACAGAGAUAUUUUCCUCUGUGGAGAAAUGGGGGAGUGGAGUGUCCUUACUUCUGUGUAUCAGAUGCAAAAGGCCCCCUGCAUCUGCUUCUCAGAACCAUUGUGAAUUGUUGAGCUCUGCGGUAUGAGCAUACGGGACUCUGUAUAGGUAGGGCUUGCUACUUUUGCUGAUUUUUUUUGGCAAGUGUCUUGUUUGUUCCUUCUCAUGGGUUUUGCCUCUCCCCUCAUCUUGCUACCUCCGGAGGAUUCCCCAAAAGAUUGCAAACCGAAGUUGUUUCAGUGACCUGAACGAACCCUUGCUUUCCUCUCUACAACUCUGUAUGCCUGGAAUGUCUAGAACAUGUCCACAUCACUAGGACCCCAGAAGCCCAUAGCCCAAGAGGAUUUGGGGCAGCAAGUUUGCAGUCAGAGAAAACACUUAGGGCUGGGAGUAGUCAUUCUGUAUUUCCAGUUUUUACAGGGAGUGGACCUAGUUCUAAACAACCAGAUUGUUAAAAAUAAUGAUGAUGAUGAUAAUAAUAACAACCAGUCAUUGAUUAGUACAACACCAAGCAUCUUUCUAAUACUUAACCAUAAACUCCAGUUUUCUCCCCUUAGUACAAUGUGUGCUGCCCGUGAGGCUGGUGGAGAUGGGUGAAACCCCUUUCAGGGAGGUCUCAGGACGUUGCUACCACUGCUGUGACAUACAGCACACAUAAGGAAAGAGAGUAAUCUACAGAUGGCAUACACAGUAAGUUGGAGGGAAAUAAAACUGGCCCCAGGUGGUCAGCCUGUGCUUCAAGCUGUUCCUAUCCCUUGUUUCCCUCCAACUCUAGCCCUUAGUGACAAGUGGUUCUGUUACACUAGCUUCAGUAUAGUCAGUGGUGGGGGAGACCCCCCAGAGGCAGUCAGUGGAUAUCUGCAUGCUUCUCACUUGGUGGGUUUAUAUUUGUGGUUCACAUGUGAGUGGCAGAGAGCAAGUUAGUCUUAGUACAAAGGUUGACUUUGCUUAUUGGCCUGCCUGGGCCUCCCUCCUGGCUCCAACUUGUCUUUCAGUCCUAACACCCAUGAACUGCACCCAUACCAACAGCUCAACCACAAAGGAGUUAAGGCUACGGGCAGCCAGUUCAUUGCCAUUAGCCUCAUGACCACAAAGGUUAAUCUGGAAAAAAUGACCCUGAAUGUACAAAUAUGGGCAAGUCUUCAAGGUUCCCCCAACAAGCAUUCUGCUUGGCAUCUACUUUAUCUAGACAACAGAGAUCCAGCUGUUGUCUCUGUGUACCUGUCACUCUGAGCAGAGCUACCCAUGCACCCGCUGCCCUCCUCACCUCUGAACCAGUCAGGAAAAUGACUAGUUAUCAGUCUCUGUUGCUCACCGCUUCUGCCCUCUAUGUUCGCUAAGUCUGUGGUACAAUGGUGAGCUUUUCCUUUGAUAUGAUUUGCCAGGGCCAGGACUAGGGUGAGGCGAUUGGGGAGACGCCCACUCUCAAGGCCCCUCCAGUGCCUUACCCUUGCCACGGCCCUGUGAUUUGCACUCUGUAAAGUAGAGUCAGUUGUUCCUCCUCUGAGUGUAGUCCUGAUUUGGGGGGCAGGUUUUGCGCCAAAUGUUUUCUUGCUGUUUCUCCAUUUGUUGCCAGAAGCCUUUGUAUGCAUUAAAGACUCUUCGGUAUUAUCACAAACAUUUCAGCUGGCAAGUUAGCACCCGGUUCAGGAGGAGCACUGUGGCCAGAGGACUUCAACCGCAAGGUGGAGGUCUGCCCUGUGGACCUUCCUUCUGUUCUUUCUGCUCCUUUCUCCCUUGUAGACCUUGUGGCCCAGCACCGAUUCUUCUCAGUGCCUCCUACUUUGUUCUCCUCCUAAGAAAAAACAUGCUCUCAAGAAAGGGAUGAAUUCGUUGACUUGAGAGGCUUAAUGCUACCUUUUUCCGAGGGUUGCUUGCAUUUUAACAGGGGAACAGCCUUAAGCCAAAGGAAUGAAGUUCUUGCAGAAUGUGAGGCAUCAACUAAUUGUACAAGUUCCUUUUCACCAUGGAAAAACCAGACUCCCUGACAGCUGACUCCAGAGUACAGAAAAUAUGGUUUUCUCCUGGAAUCAUUGUAGUUAGUAGCUGAUGGUCAAUUAUCUAAAUAACCCUGUUCUAUAUUACUACCAAGGGACUCUGAGAAAAAGCUACUUUAUUAAAAGCCUCUGAGAAGGCCUAGAUCAAGCAUUCAUAUUGUACAUUAACAUGUUUGUGUAAAUGGAAUUAAUACUACUUACCACUUAGGUGAAAGACACAAAGAUUUAACAAGUUUGUGAAAUGUGUUCUGUUUGUGCAACGUGACUCGGUCGAGUCCAAUUCUUACUGAUGUCAGUUGUCCAAUAUCAGUGGUGGUUAAAUUGGGUGGAGGUGUAGUUACUAAGCACAGGCCUCCACUACCCCUCCUGCCAUUUGUCUCUGUUGUGUGCUAUGACUUCGGCUUGAUGUGAGAAUGAGACCUUACCUAAACCAGAGCCCCCAGUCCCUAAUGCCUUUGCAUGUAUUUCAGCUAUAAGUGACCAAGGGAGUAAGGAUUUAAAAGAACAAGCGAGUAGGAAGGAGGUACAGAGCAGUGCCUUUGUCAAAGGUCAUCGAACAGUAUGAUGACUUUAAAAUGGCAUGAAAUAAGCCAAGUCAAAUUAUUUUACAAUACUUUGAAACCGAUUUAUGGAGGACUAUGGCUGUGAAUGGUUUUUGAACACAUGUCGGAGGCACUUUAAUAAAUUUAGCAAAAAGAA